CGCGUUCUGCUCGCUUGCCGAGUACUUUCGAAGAACAGCACUCUUGGUCACCACCGGGCGAUGUCUCCUCCCCUAAACCCCGCCAAAACCCUCGGAGGAGGCCCAAUACCCAGAACCCUCUUCUCUUCUCUCCUCCAACCAACUUUCAAAUCCCCCUCCUCCAUCUUCCUCUCCAACGGUCGAAUUCCCCAUGCCCUCCGAAUCGCGUCCAAGCUCAACACCUCCCAAGAUAGCAAGAGCCGAGCGCCUCCCGAUGACAACAACAGUAAGAAGAAGAAGAAGAGGAUCGUCGUCUUCGGAUCCGCCCCGCCCGUGUCGGAAGAGGGCAACGGCGUUGCUGGAAAUGGAGAGGGAAAGAGGGCUCCGGCCGGUGUUCCUUUGUGGGGGUUCUUCAAAAGGAUGCCCAAGAAGGUUUUGGCGGCGCUUUCCAACCUCCCAUUGGCGAUCGGGGAGAUGUUCGCCAUCGCAGCUCUAAUGGCGUUGGGCACUGUUAUAGAUCAAGGGGAGGCUCCUGAUCACUAUUUUCAAAAAUAUCCAGAAGAAAAUCCUGUGUUUGGAUUUGUUACAUGGAGAUGGGUUCUUGGUCUUGGGUUUGAUCACAUGUUCACAUCCCCCGUUUUCCUAUGCAUGUUGAUCCUUCUUGCAGCAUCGCUUAUGGCUUGUACAUACACGACCCAGAUACCUUUGGUUAAAGUUGCUAGAAGAUGGUCUUUUAUGAAUUCAACAGAGGCUAUCCGCAAACAAGAAUUUGCAGAAUCUCUUCCACGAGCAUCUAUUCAGGACUUGGGUAUAAUUUUGAUGGGAGCAGGAUAUGAGGUAUUUGUUAAAGGGCCAUCUUUAUAUGCUUUCAAGGGGAUGGCUGGUCGAUUUGCUCCCAUUGGUGUGCAUUUAGCGAUGCUCCUGAUUAUGGCAGGAGGGACACUUAGUGCCACUGGAAGCUUUCGAGGCUCAGUAACUGUUCCUCAAGGGCUGAAUUUUGUUGUGGGAGAUGUGAUGUCUCCUAAUGGCUUUCUUUCUUUUCCAACACAAGCUUUCAAUACUGAAGUCCAUGUUAACAAAUUCUAUAUGGAUUACUAUGAUAGUGGGGAGGUUUCACAAUUUUUUACCGAUAUUUCACUCUUCAGUCUUGAUGGGAAGGAAGUAAUGAGGAAAACAAUUAGGGUAAACGAUCCUUUAAGAUAUGGAGGGCUUACAAUCUACCAGACAGACUGGGGCUUCUCAGCACUGCAAAUUUCAAAGAAUGGUGAAGGUCCCUUCAAUCUGGCUAUGGCUCCUCUGCAAACAAAUGGUGACAAGAAGCUUUUCGGGACAUUCCUACCUAUUGGAAACACUGAUUCACCUAAUGUGAAGGGAAUAUCAAUGCUGGCUCGUGAUCUGCAGUCAAUUGUCUUGUAUGAUCAAGAAGGAAAAUUUGCAGGUGUUCGCCGGCCUAGCUCAAAACUACCAAUUGAGAUUGAUGGUAUGAAAAUUGUGAUUGAGGAUGCAAUUGGUAGCACUGGCCUUGACUUGAAGACUGAUCCAGGGGUGCCCAUUGUGUAUGCUGGAUUUGGUGCUCUGAUGCUGACUACUAGUAUAAGCUUUUUAUCUCAUUCGCAAGUAUGGGCCUUACAAGAUGGAACUACUGUUGUCUUCGGGGGAAAGACUAAUCGGGGAAAAAUUGAGUUUCAAGAGGAGAUGAAUUGCUUGCUCGACAAAGUACCAGAGAUAAUUGUCGUUGAUGAUACCCUAAAUGGUUGAUUGCCUAAGUGCUAGAUUCUUCAUUUCAUACAAAUUGAAUGCACCAACUCAUUUGUUGCUGGACUGAGAUCGAGGAGUGCUGCAGUGUUAUCCACUUCCCUUUCUAGAUCCCACCCUUUUUGUUCUGAAAUAUAAUGCUUUGAUCUGAUGUUCACAUGAGCCUUUUUCAGGACAGACCACCACUUAAUCAUUCAAGAAUCCAGAAUUGUCCAAAGACUCACAAGAAGAUUGUCAAACAAUCACUUAUUUCCAGCCUUUCCACAUCGAGAUUUAUAGGAUUAUUUCAAUGUAUUUGUAUCUUUAUCCAAAGAGAAUUAUACACAUAUAUAUAAGAAUCACUUGUACAUUAUAUAUUCACAUGAAAAUUCCAAAGAUUCUGCAA